GUCCAGAUAUACGCAGGUGGUGCCUUGCGCACUUCACGACACGGCAGUUAUACACUGGGGAGACGGCCCAGCUGCAAGCGCUUGAGUUGAACGCGCUCUCCUGGAGCAUGCGCUGAUCUGGAAUCCUGCCUUCAACAAUGUUUGGCAUCCCCAAGAGACCGUUUGCUCCCCCCGCCGAUACUCCUGGUCCUGGUGCAUAUGACGUACAGUCGAGCCUUUUAAACGGGGACAAGCACAAACACUAUGGCUUUCUAAAUAAGGCAGAGCGGUUUAAGGCCCUUAAAGCAGAGGAGCAACUCGAACAAGAUGAAGACGGCACCGUUGAUCUAUCAUUUGUAAAGCCGGCCGUGCCUACCCGAGUUUCUAGAGUUAAUGGAGAGGAUCCGCAAAAGUUGAGAAAAGAGAUCGAAAAAUGGCAAGAUCAAUAUUAUCGGCAAGUGGCCAUCAAUGACAAGCAACGGCAGGAGCUAGAGGAGCGUAUCGCCCGCACUGAUGCUCAACUGCAGAACUCUGUUAAGGAGAAGAACGCGUUGCAAUCUCUCAGCACUGCCAAAGAUAAAGAAUUGGCAGAUUUGCUUCGAAAACAUGCACUACUAAAGCAAAGUUUAGAGAAGUCCGAAAAGCAAUCCUUUGCACAGCAGGACCGAGCCUCGAAGGCGGUCGCACUGCAAAAGAAAAUUGAGGACCUUCAAAAGCAGAAUGAUCGGCUUAAUGAGAGGCUCAAACCCCUCUCUUUAGCAGACAGACAAUAUGCGAAAGAAAAAGAAUCUUUCAGCAGGCAAUUGCAAGAAUCGAGAGAGCUAAUAAAAAGCGCUGUUCAGGAGAAAGAAGAAGCUCUCUCAGUGCAGCACGAUCUUGAAAUGCGUCUUCAGGACUUUGAGGCACAGCAGCACAAACUUAUGCAAGAAGCUCAAAUCGCCCAAAAUGCAGCAUCAGAAGAGUACCAGAAGAUCAAAAAGACCUUGCUGAUGAUGACGGACGAACUCAGAGCUGCUCAGCUGGAGCUUCAGCAAACUAAAAGCGCGAGGGAUGAAUCCCUCAAGAAAACACGGCAGAUCACUGAAAAGAAUGCGGAAUUGGAAGUUGCCAACCGGGACGCUAUCACUAGCCAUCAUGCUCAGCAAGAGGCUUACCUUGUGCGGAUAACUGAAUUAGAGGGUAAACUGGAGGAGCAACGGAAGCUCUCAUCGCAACAGGAGCAGUUCCUCACAGCCACCAUUGCUGACUUGGAAGGGAAAGAAGAACAUCACCGGCUGCAACUGGAGAUGGCAGAGUCCGCCGUCAUGAAAUUGAAGAGUGACCUAAGCCGUAGUCAGAGCGAGCGCGACAACGAAAGAGAGAAUAUGGAAUCGAUUAUGGCUUCUCUUAAAAAGUCGUAUCAAGAUCUAAAUACCACUUAUCAACAGUUGAUGGUAGAAAACCACGAGGAGAUUUCUCGUUACCAGAAAUCGGUCAAUACUUUGAAGAAGGAGCUGCAAGAGCAAGCGGAGGAACGCGCUCGAAUCCAACUCACCUUGGAUCGUUCCACAGGGACAAUUCAGGACCUCCAAACUGAAAUGGGGAGAUUGCAUGGGAGACUGCAGGAUACUGAUGCAGAAUUCGCGGAUCUCAAAACUGAGCAUAUGAGAACUCUCUCCAAGCAGCAAGAGCGCCAAGCUAUUAUAGAUGAGCUGAAGUCCACUAUUGACAGAGUUGAAAAGCAGCUCCGCGACAAAGAGAGAGACAUGCAGUUGAUGGAGGCAGAAUUACGCCGGCAUCAGAGCGAUCUGGAACACCUUACAGAUAAUAUUGAUGGGAAAGAAGCGGAUUUGUCGCAAACGCAGACACAGCUGCAUGACAUGCGUAACGCUAAUCUCGAGCUGAAAAAACAGUUGGAGCAAGCGGAUGUCCGCAUUGCAACAUUUGCGGCUAAAAUUGAAGAACAGGAGAGGGACGCGCGAGACAAUGAACGCCGAUCUACGGAGCUCCAGAAUAUGAAUGCUGAUUUACGGAAAGACAUUGCAUUCGCUAAGGAGGAAAUAGACAUGCUAAAAGAGCAUGUCAGCGGUACUACUGGUGAAUUGGAAGUCCUCAGGAUGGAGCUCCGGAAUCGGGAGUCCGAAGUCGAGGAGCUUGUUUCAAUAAAAAAUGCGAUGGGUGAUGAAUUGUCGGAAUUGAGGGAGUCCUUGUCACAGGCAGAGAAGCAAAGCAAAGCAGACAUCGCUGCUCUCAGUAAUGAUGUCAAGACUCGUGAUGCAACCAUCAUCAACCUGCAGGAUCAGCUUCGGGACUUGACCGAUGCCGCAUCUCGAGACCAGGAAACAAUACAAGACUUGCGGGAAAUGGUCAGAUCAAAGACGGAAGAGAUCAUGACCGGCACCGCUUCAUACCAAGCGAUCCUUGAGCAGGAACGUAUCGCCGCUGCGGAACAACAGGAAAGAGCAGAGAGAAAGAUCGGCAGUUUGAUGGACAAUAUAUCGUCUCUUAAAGCUGAACUCCAAUGUACCACGAGUGAGCUGACGACGGUCCAAGAGCUACUCUCUGACACUCAAACCACACUUACGCAGAGAUCUGCUACCUUGGGCGAAAGAGAGACGCAUAUCGAGGAGCUCGUGCGGCAGCUGCAGACUGACAAAGAGGAGGCGAACGAGGAAAGACGACAACACGCGCAGUUGUUGGAUAGUCUUAGGAAGCAAAGGGAAGCAGAAGGGGAACGCUGGCAAGCGCAGGCUGCGGAAAUGUCGACAACGCUAACAGAACGUGAAGAGACCAUCCGGCGGUUGGAACACGACCAUCGGCUCCUACAGCAGGACUUGGAGAAAGAGCGCGAUGCCCAUGCACGAGAGGCAAAAGAGCUUAUAGAUGAGCGCGACAAUUUGAGGAGCGAACUCGAGAUGGAGAUAGCCAGCUUGCAAAAGGCAUUGGAGGAAGCGAACAGGGAAUCGCUGCAAUUGAAAACAAUUAUGCAAGAGCUUCGCGCUGCCCAUUCUGCCGAGAUCGGUCGUAUCAAAUCCGAAAUGAAAGCUCAGGAAGCAAGCUUUGCAGAGAAGAUGGAUGAGACGCGCACCAUUCACGAGGCUGAGCGUGCCAAAUUGAAAGGAGAGCUUUUGGACACCACUAAUGCGUUGGUGAAACUAAAUGCAGUGCUGGAGGACGAGCAAAGCAAAUCCGCUUCUGUCAUAAACAGCCUGAAAAUGGACUUGGCAAACCAAGCAAGCGAGCACGACCGGGAAUCGGAGCAGAUGAAGAAGAAACAUGACGAGGACUUGAAGUUGGCAUCCGCCUCCCUUGCCAAAUUGCAGCAGGAAUUGGAGGAACAGCGCGCUGCAUCGUCCAGUGAUAUCGCGUGUCUAACCGCCAAAGUGGAAGCCCAACAGUUGGAACUGGAAAGAAAACUUCGUGAGGCCGAGGUACAAUACGACGCGUGCAAAGCAGCUUUGGAAAAAGAGUUGGACGCUGAAAAGGCACUGGUCGCUCAGUUGAAGGAAGAUCUCGGGAAGGAGCAAGAAGCCCGUCUUGAUGAGAGUCAGCGUAAGACAAGAGAGAUUGAAGCACUAAAAAGCGAACAUGACUGUAUUCUGCAGCGGACGCACGAGAACCACGAGCUGGCUCUAAAGAAAGUUCAAGAGCAGGCGGAUGAAUCAGUCAGUAACUUGACAGCCGCGUUGGAAGAGCAGAGCAACAACCAUGACGCAGAAAAACAGCAUUUAAGAAAUGACUUUGAAGCAAAGCUGCAGGGCAUCCAAAUGGGACAUAUGACCGACGUGGCGCGUCUUACAUCCGAGAUAGCCACACUUAGCGAAGCAAAGCGAGCGGCGGAGACUGAAACACAGCUCAUGAGGGUUAAAGUAAAAGAUAUUGAAGAGCGCUUGCAGGAAGGCACUACAAGAAUUGAGGAACUGGAGAAGAGUUUGGAGCAACGACGCACUGAGGUCGAUCGCGAGCGAGAAGCGAAGCAGGAAGCUGAAAGCCGAUCCGCUGAAAUUGCGAAAGAGCUGGAAAUGGAGCGGAAUACUCGGGGAGCGGCCAUCAGAAAUAGCCUAAAGGAAGUGGCCGCCCUAAAGGCUGAGUUGACCGAAACCCGAAAUGCACUCUCUGUUACAGAACUGAAGAAAGCCAACGAGUUGUCUACCAAAGAUGUUCAAUUGCGGAAAUUGCAAAAUGAUUUGAGAUCAAGGAUAAACGAGAUCAGCGAGAUUAAGAACCAAGCAAAAUCAGCUGUAGCGAGCGCAAAGAAGGACGCGGAAAAGGCCCGGGAAGAACUCAGUAAGGUGGUUGAGGAAAGACACAGAUGGACGGACAUGGAAAAGGAACUAAGAGAAGUCGAAAAGGCGAGGGAGAGAGAGAAUUUGGAGCUUACAGAAAGACUGAAAGACAUGGAAGAGGUGCUCGGCAACGUAACUGAGCAGAAUGACAGGCUCAAAGUACUCCUUGAAGAUGAGGAGCGUCGGCGUAACGAGAUGGAGGCAAGUCAUCAGUCUCAAUUGGACCUCCUGAAAACGCGCGGACAGUUGAAGGAAAACGAAGUGAAGAAACUUGGGGAGCUCAACGCGGAGUUGUUUGGCCAUGCGAACACGAAGCAGAAGAUUAGACAUGUCGCUCAAUUGAAAGAGGAGAACGUGAAAUUGAAAACGGACAAUGUAUCCUUAUCACGACGUUGUGAGGAUAUGAAGCGUAAAAUCAUGAACUUGGAGCGAGAGGUAGAAUCCUUUAGAGCGAUUGGUGCAGUUGGUGGCGGUGGCCACCCACGUAAACUGUCGCGCGUCGGCCGGUCUGUGUUGGCCAAGCGCCAAGAUCCAGAAACAUUGGGGAACUUCACGCUAGCUGGCGAGAGUAUCGAAGAGACGGAAGAGGAUAUUGGCGAGAACAAGGAAAAUACUGUAAAUUUCGCUAGUGGGGGAAUCAGUUUCGUUGUAUAGGAGCAAGUGGAAAUUGGGGUGUAGCUGCGUCUUCCAUUGGUUUUGUAUUUAGAGUGUUUUGUUUUAAUUAUCCAAUAAACUCUGGGCCUGCGGGUUGUCGAAAUGUAAUAGACUAUUG